GUAUUUUAUACUAAGCAAUCUAUCAGGACGGUUCUCAGUAAUGAGUGAGCUAUGAAGCUGUAAAGAACGGCAACAGUGAUACGAAAUUGCAGUGCAAAAAUGGAUCCCAAGUGGCUUCUGAUAGUAAUUUGUUCUCUAGCUUUGAAUCUCACCGACGGAUCGUCGGAUGCCGAUGAUAGUGUGAGUUCAAACGUAACGGACACGAAGCAAUGGAGAAACUUGAAAUUGAGCGGUACAACAACGGCUUCCGGUGCACGUAAGGUUGCAACCACUACUAGAAAGAUGAUGUCAACUAAAAAGAAAGGCCCAUCGAUGAGGACAACGAAACGUGCCGGGCAGCUAGUUGUGGCUCCUACUACUACUUGGAAGCGUCCUGGUCAGACACAAUCAUCCAAAAGUCCUACUGGCAGAAGGACAACUAGAAGGACCACAGCGAGACCUACCACCAAACUUCCUUUGCGAGUAAAGGGUGGUCCAGAACCUAGGGGUAUGACGACGCGUGAGCCCCUGCGCACCAUGCCUCCAGUGCCUACGCCCAAAGGAUACACGACGGUAACUACGAAGGCGCGAGGAGUUCCAGAGAAAAUUAAACAAGGAUCGACGACACGCCGUGGGCAAACAACCACAACAAAGCGUACCAUACGCACAACUGAGCCAGUUCUGCCUCGCAUUAGGCAGGAGGUGAUGCUUCUUUCAGCGCCCUUUUCUUUCUUCGGCCAAAAACUGUACACUCCCUCUAUGGCAUAUGGAUUGUUCUCAGACCCUGAUCCUACUACUACUACUGCUACGGACUCUGCGAAUUCGACCACCACCACCACCGCAGAUCCUACGGCAUCCAACACAACCGAAACUUCAACGGUAACCACCGCGACAGUGGCCACAGUGGACAACUCGACCGCCAGCAACGGUACCGUAGAGUACGAGGAAGUUAAUGAGACGAUGCCAGCUCCUGCCGACUACGAGUACCAAGAGGAAGACAACGCUACCACGGCACGCGUGGCAAUUGUACCUUCAGCGACGGAAACAACGGUCGGCGGAUCCUCAACCAUGGGACCGAACAUGGUUCGGAAGCGUCGUAAAAAGGUCACCAUCACCACAACGCCCAGCACAAACCCGGGUGUAGUGCGAAUUAAGCUCCGAAGAAAGAUAACGACUAUUGCCCCGGUCACCGAAGGAGCGACGGAGAAUGGCGCCUGAGCUGGAUGACGAAAUCAUGUAGUGCUUCCAGCAUGCAGACAUACACACACACACGCCAAGAUAAUAAAAUUAACCAUGCAAAUGA